AUGGCUGAGCCUCAUCCUGGAAGAACCACCUUCUUGAUCAUGGUAUCUCCCCUACCAGGUAAGUAUGAGUGGAAUACGGCCUGCGGAGCGCCGCUACAACCACACACAUCCUUUACCGUCAUGUGUCUAAAUGUUUUUUAUACUCUAUACACUUUUGUAGAAGAUUUGCGUGAUCUUUGCCGGUUCUAUGGAGAAGACAUCAACAACAGUGAUCCAGGGUUGGCACCUGCUUGGCCUGACGAUCCAUCUGUCUCUACACAAACCUCUGCUUGCUUGUCGGACAUCUCGGUCUGGAAAUGGGAACACCACCUUAAGCUCAACUUGGCAAAAACUGAGCUUCUCGUCAUCCCAGCCUGCCCCUCAAUCAACCACAACCACACUGUACAGUUCGGCUCAACCACACUCAAGCCAACCAGGACAACCAGGAACCUUGGGGUGAUUCUUGAUGACAGCUUGACCUUUACUGACCACAUUUCAACAACUGCACGGUCCUGUAGGUUCAUCCUGUACAACAUCAAGAAAAUCAGACCCUAUCUCACUGAACAGGCUACACAGCUACUUUUCCAGGUUCUUGCCAUCUCAAAACUGGGCUGUUACAAGGCACUACUCUCGGGCCUCCCAGCCAGCUCCAUCAAACCCCUUCAGAUGAUUCAGAAUGCAGCAGCACGCCUCGUCUUCAACCAGCCCAAAAAAACCCAUGUCACACCUCUCUUCAUCUCCCUUCACUGGCUUCCUGUAGCCGCCUGUAUCAAAUUCAAGGCCUUCAUGCUCAUGUACAAGACGUGGUGUGGAACAACACCCUACUACCUCAACACUCUCCCUGAGGUUUACGUUCCCUCACGCAAUCUGCGAUCAAUCAAUGACUGACGCUUAGUAGUGCUUACUCAACGUGGCUCAAGGUCCCUUUCCAGAACCUUCACACUAUCUGUCCCUUGCUAAAAACCCACCACUUCCGUGAACACCUAACCAACCCAUAAAACAAACAAACAAACAAACAAAAACCUACUCUGGCUCUUACACUUCUACUCUGCACACGUUGAAGAAUUCAAUUAAAGAUAUAUUGUAUGGUAGCACUACUUGCAUUGUUCUCUGCUAGAGAUAUCGCUUUGCUUGUAUUUUCUCAUUUGUAAGUCACUUUGGAUAAAAGCAUCUGCUAAAUGAAUAAAUGUAAAUAAUUCUGAAUAAUAAGUGUAAGUGUAUGGAAAAUUAUAUUAUAAACCAAGACCAAAUUAAUGUGCAUAAAUUUAUAACAUUGAUACGCAGAACAAAAUUAGUUCACGUUGAUUUGAUGUGCUGAAAAAAUUUAGCAC